UGCGUUUUGAUUUUUUUCUCAUUCGGAAAAAAUAAAAUUCACUUUUUUCAAAAUUUCAUUUUUUUUCUUAUUUAACGAACGAUAUGGCAACAAAUUCUUUAUUGGAAACAAAAAAAUCAAUACUACAACAAUUUCAAGGUCCUGUUUGUGCUGUUGCAACUGCUUUCAAUGAUGAUGGACAAUUAAAUGUUGAACAAAUUGUUGAUUAUGCACGACAUUUGAAAAUGAUCGGUGUAAAAGGUGUUUACAUUCUUGGUACAACUGGUGAAUCAUUUACAUUAACAUUUGAUGAAAAAUAUCAAAUAAUUCAAGCAUGGUAUAAAGCAAUUCAACAAUUAGAUUCAGAAAUGGAUAAUAAUAAUAAUCAAUUUUUGGCUAUUGUAAAUAUAACAUCAAUGUCAUUGAAUGAAUCGAAAAAAUUAUUAAAAUUAAUGAAAAAUUUACAAAGAUUUAAUGCAUGGGCAUUAUUAGCACCAAUAUUCUAUCCAGUUACAAAUGUUGAUCAAUUUAUAACAAUGAUAAAAGAUAUUUCUAUCGAUACUGAUUGUCAAUUACCAUUUCUUUAUUAUCAUUUUCCUGAUCGUACUGGCCAACAAAAUUUUGAAUUGGAAACAUUUACCGAAAAAGCAUUGAAAUGUUUACCACAAUUUUCAGCAAUAAAAUUUACCGAUACCAAUAUUGUACGUAUGGCAAAAAUGCAAAGAAAAUUUGGUAAAUUUAUUAAAAUUUUUGCCGGUUAUGAUGAGACAUUAUUAGCAGCACGAACCGUAGUGAAUAUAAAUGCUGGAAUAUGUGCUACAUUUAGUUUGAAAAAUUGUGUUCAAUCAUAUUUGAAAAUAUUGGAUUCAAUCGAUCAAGGUAAUCUUCAAGAAGCACAAAAUUAUCAACAAAUAUUAGCCGAAUUUUGUCAACAAUUACAAUCGAAUGGAAAUUUUUUUUCAUCAUUAAAACAAUGUUUAAAUGAUGAAUUAUCAUCUACAAAAGGAUUACAAUUUGGUCGACCACGUAUGCCAGUUUGGAUUCCAACAAAUUCGAUAAACGAAAAAACGAAAACGAAAAAAACGAUGGACGAUGUCACAUUUAUCAAUGAUCUUGAAGAAAUCGGUAUACAUGGACGAUCAUCAUUACGUGAUUUAUUAACCGAAUCAUUAAAUAAAAAUUUACAAAAUAUUGAUGAUAAUGAUAUUGAUCAACAACAAUCAUUGGAUAAAAUAACAUUCCCAGAGAUAUUAGAUUUUCAAUCAAACAAUGGCAUAAUUUUACCAUCAUUACAGCCAAUGUUUCCAUUAUUACAUUUAUUGGGUGUAAAAAGUUUUGAAUUUCAUAAAUCAGUUGUUGAAGAAUUACGUGAAAAUUUAAUUAAUCGUUUUCAAGAAAUAUCACAAAAAAUGGAUCCAAAUAAACGUGAAUCAAAUCUAAAAGCAUUGCUAGCAAAAUCAUUUCCAUUAAUAAAAAUGCCAAUGAUACAGCCGGUUGUAAUGGCAUUAUUAAAAAAUUUAGAAGUUGUUGAUGAUAAAUAUCUUAAAUUAUUAGUUGCUGAUGAAACAUUAUAUAAAAAAUGUGAUGUAUCAGUUAAACGACAUAUUUGGCAAGAACAUCAAUCAAUGUUGGUUGGUGAAUUAUCACCAAUUCUAUCGGAAUAUGUUAAAGAGAAAGAAGCAAUAUUUGCCAAUAUAAAAGAAUCGAAACAUAUAUUUUUCCUAUUGACACCUAAACAACGACGUCAAAAUGAAAUUUUACAAUCAUUAGCACAAAUGGUUGGGAAAAAUGUUCUACUUUAUGAUACAAUUUUACAAUUUGUUCGUACAGUAUUUAUUCAUACAAAAAAUCCACAUUAUUGUACAUUGAGAGUCAGUUUAUUAAUGGAAUUACAUGAUGCAAAUAUUACCGAUAUAACAUCAAUGGAUGCAUGUCAUAAAUUUGCAUGGUGUUUAGAUGCUUGUAUACGUGAAAAUACUGUCGAUCAUAAACGUAUACGUGAACUGCAAGGUUUUCUCGAUAAUGUUAAAAAAGGACAAGAAGCUGUAUUUAGUGAUUUAGCAAUGGCAUUAUAUGAUCCAUAUGCUGUAAAUUUUUUAGUACAAAUGGCUAUGCGUAUAUUGAAUAUUUUGAUUACAAAUGAAUCAUGUCCACGUGAACAUCAAACAUUACAAUUUCUGUUACGUUUAUUAAAUCUUGGUCUACAUGCACAUGAAAUUUUAAAAACACAAACAUUUCGUGAACCAAAAUUAAAUCCCGAAAUACUAACACGUUUUUUACCGAUUAUAAUGGGUUUUAUGGUUGAUGAUCAAGUACGAUCAGUAAAUUCAAAACUGCCACCUGAUGAUCGUGAAUCAGCGCUGACAAUUAUUGAACAUAGUGGACCACCACCUGAUUGUUUUCAAACAUUCAUACAACAAGAUCCAUUAGCAUCAAUAUUUGCUAUUUAUUAUACAGCACAAGCUGCCCGACAACGUGAUCGUCAAGCAGUAUUACGUGUAUUAGGAUCAUUAACAAUAUCAUCAACAUAUAAUAAUUUAAGUCAUUCGGAUCCAUAUCAACAUAUAUUGAUCAGUUCAUUAAUACAAUUAGGCGAAGAAUUUUCAAAUGAUGAUUUAUGUACAUUAGUUUUUGAUGAAAUAUUGCUACCAGCAUUGGAUAUGAAUAGUACUGCUGUACAUUUAAUGAAAUUAAUUUAUCAUUUAAAUCAAUGGUUACCCAGUGAACGUUUAGAAUCAUUAAUGAUUAAAUUACAACAUUAUGUACAGAUGCCAAAUAGUUCAAAAGAUCAACGAACACGCCAAACAUUUGUUGAAUUGAUUGAAUAUUUGGAAAAAAUUAAAGAAGAUAAAUUACGAAAAAAUCAACCACCACAAACACCAACUACACCGACAGUUGUUGGUCCUCAUGUUGCUGCUUCGAUGGAUCAUCCAUCGGUUGUUGGUUCAGCAUCUGUUCGUAUUCCACCAUCAACACCAUCAAUACAUCAUCCAAUGAUGACACCAUCAUCAUCAUCAUCAUCACCGCAUGUUUUUCCUCCUCAUCAUCCACCACCGCCACUACCUUCAGUUCCAUUAUCACCAAUUCCUACUGCUUCUCAACCUUAUUAUCCGCAACAACCACAAUCACCUUAUAUUGAAACAAAUAAUCCACCAAUGUCACCUUUUAGUGGUCCAUUAUCACCCUUACCAUAUCAAUCCCCAUUUCAACAUCCUCAUCAUCAUCAACCCUCAUCAACAUCAUCGGGACAUUUAAAUCGAUCCACAUCAUCAUCAUCAUCGGAUAAAUCAUAUCCAACAAUUAAUUAUUAAAUUAGAUUAAUUCAACAUUU